CAGAUGCAGAAGUCACUGCAUUUUCCGGCAAGCCAAGGGUUGUCUGCAUCUCAAGAGUGGGGUCAGCAAGAGAAACUCUACGGCUAUGGGAGUGCCUGCGUUCACCUCUUUUCCGAGCCCACCUGUUCUGGGGAAGCUCAAAAGAAACAUGAUGCCCUGGGCUUUACAGAAGAAACGAGAAAUCCACAUGGCCAAGGCCCAUCGGAGACGAGCUGCGAGGUCUGCUCUCCCCAUGAGACUCACCAGCUGCAUCUUCCAGAGGCCGGUGACGAGGAUCAGGUCUCAUCCUGACAACCAGGUCAGACGCAGAAAAGGGGAUGAGCACCUGGAGAAGCCGCAGCAACUCUGCGCCUACCGGAGACUGCAGGCCCUGCAGCCCUGCAGCAGCCAAGGAGAAGGUUCAAGUCCACUGCAUUUGGAGAGCGUCUUAAGUAUCCUUGCAGCGGGGACGGCCAGUGAAUCUCUGGACAGAGCUGGUGCUGAGCGUGUCCACAGCCCGCUUGAGCCCACCCCUGGGCAGUUUCCAGCUGUGGCAGGGGGGCCAACCCCAGGAAUGGGUUGUCAGCUCCCACCGCCCCUCUCUGGCCAAUUGGUGACUCCUGCAGAUAUCCGGAGACAGGCCAGGAGGGUGAAGAAAGCCAGGGAGAGACUGGCCAAGGCCUUGCAGGCAGACAGGCUGGCCAGGCGGGCAGAAAUGCUGACAUGUAGAUGAAGCGCAGUCCUGGGCUUUCGGUCCCUUUCUUUUAAUGCCCAUCCUCAU